AUGCCGGUUAUGAAGGGAUUGCUGGCGCCCCAGAACACCUUCCUGGACACCAUCGCCACCCGUUUUGACGGAACGCAUAGCAACUUCAUCCUCGCCAACGCCCAGGUGGCGAAGGGUUUCCCCAUCGUCUACUGUUCGGAUGGCUUCUGUGAGCUCGCUGGAUUUGCCCGAACAGAAGUCAUGCAGAAGAGCUGCAGCUGCAAAUUCUUAUUCGGAGUUGAAACCAAUGAGCAACUGAUGCUUCAGAUAGAAAAGUCCCUGGAGGAAAAAACAGAAUUCAAAGGAGAAAUUAUAUUCUAUAAGAAGAAUGGGUCUCCGUUCUGGUGCCUGUUGGAUAUCGUCCCCAUAAAGAAUGAGAAAGGGGAUGUGGUUCUUUUUCUGGCCUCAUUCAAAGAUAUAACAGACACGAAAGUGAAGAUUACUCCAGAAGAUAAAAAAGAAGACAAAGCCAAAGGACGAUCAAGAGCAGGAACCCACUUUGAUUCAGCCCGGAGACGAAGCAGAGCGGUCCUUUAUCACAUCUCCGGCCACCUGCAAAGAAGAGAAAAGAACAAGUUGAAAAUAAACAAUAAUGUUUUUGUAGACAAACCAGCAUUUCCGGAGUAUAAAGUUUCUGACGCAAAAAAGUCCAAAUUCAUACUUUUGCAUUUUAGCACUUUCAAAGCCGGCUGGGACUGGCUUAUUCUAUUGGCGACGUUUUAUGUUGCCGUGACGGUACCUUACAACGUUUGCUUCAUUGGUAAUGAUGACCUGUCGACGACGCGGAGCACAACAGUCAGUGACAUUGCAGUGGAGAUUCUUUUUAUUAUAGAUAUUAUUUUAAACUUUCGAACAACCUAUGUCAGCAAGUCUGGCCAAGUCAUCUUUGAAGCAAGAUCAAUCUGCAUCCACUACGUCACCACCUGGUUCAUCAUCGAUUUAAUCGCUGCCCUGCCGUUUGACCUCCUGUAUGCUUUCAACGUCACAGUGGUGUCCCUGGUGCAUCUCCUGAAGACCGUGCGGCUGCUGCGCCUGCUGCGCCUCCUGCAGAAGCUGGACCGCUACUCCCAGCACAGCACCAUCGUCCUGACGCUGCUCAUGUCCAUGUUCGCCCUGCUGGCCCACUGGAUGGCGUGCAUCUGGUACGUCAUCGGGAAAAUGGAGAGGGAAGACAACAGCCUCCUCAAGUGGGAAGUUGGCUGGCUCCAUGAGUUGGGGAAGAGACUGGAAUCGCCCUACUAUGGGAACAAUACCCUGGGUGGGCCGUCGAUCCGAAGUGCCUAUAUCGCUGCUCUGUACUUCACGCUCAGCAGCCUCACCAGUGUGGGGUUUGGGAAUGUCUCUGCUAACACGGAUGCAGAAAAGAUCUUCUCCAUCUGCACCAUGCUGAUUGGCGCCUUGAUGCACGCCCUGGUGUUCGGGAAUGUGACGGCGAUCAUCCAGAGGAUGUACUCCAGGUGGUCCCUCUAUCACACCAGGACCAAGGACCUGAAAGACUUCAUCCGCGUGCACCACCUGCCCCAGCAGCUCAAGCAGCGGAUGCUGGAGUACUUCCAGACAACCUGGUCGGUCAACAACGGCAUAGACUCCAACGAGCUUCUGAAAGACUUCCCAGACGAGCUCCGCUCCGACAUCACCAUGCACCUGAACAAGGAGAUCCUGCAGCUGUCCCUCUUCGAGUGCGCCAGCCGCGGCUGCCUGCGCUCGCUGUCCCUGCACAUCAAGACCUCCUUCUGCGCGCCCGGCGAGUACCUGCUCCGCCAGGGGGACGCCCUGCAGGCCAUCUACUUCGUGUGCUCGGGCUCCAUGGAGGUGUUGAAGGACAGCAUGGUGCUGGCCAUUCUCGGGAAAGGAGAUUUAAUUGGAGCCAAUCUAUCAAUUAAGGACCAAGUGAUCAAGACCAACGCAGAUGUGAAGGCGCUGACCUACUGCGAUCUCCAGUGUAUCAUCCUCAAAGGGCUCUUUGAAGUGCUGGACCUUUACCCAGAAUACGCUCACAAAUUUGUGGAAGACAUUCAGCAUGACCUCACAUACAACCUUCGAGAAGGUCACGAGAGUGAUGUGAUCUCAAGAUUAUCAAACAAAUCGACAGUCUCACAGUCGGAGCCCAAGGGAAAUGGCAGCAUCAAGAAGAGACUGCCGUCCAUCGUGGAAGACGAGGAGGCGGAGGACUUGGGGGAGGAGACAGCCUCCCUGUCCCCCGUCUACACCAGGGGACCCGCCUCUUCUCGCAGCAAGCGGCCUGCAGGCGCUAAGAGCUACCUCGGCUUAAGCCUGAAGCAGCUGGCCUCGGGAACCGUGCCGUUUCAUUCACCUAUCAGAGUCUCCAGUUCAAACUCCCCCAAAACCAAACAGGAGACGGAUGCCCCAAACCACGGCAAAAGAAAAGAGAAGAACUUGAAAUUGCAGCUUUCAACCUUGAACAGUGCUGGACCCCCAGACCUCAGUCCAAGGAUUGUUGAUGGAAUUGAAGAUGGAAACAGCAGUGAAGAAGGCCAGACUUUUGACUUUGGCUCUGAGCGAAUCAGACCGGAACCCAGAAUUUCUCCUCCUCUUGGAGACCCAGAGAUUGGAGCUGCUGUCCUCUUCAUCAAGGCGGAGGAGACGAAGCAGCAAAUAAACAGGCUCAGCAGUGAGGUAACCACGCUGACUCAGGAGGUCUCCCAGCUCGGCAGGGACAUGAAGACGGUGAUGCAGCUUCUCGAGCACGUCCUGUCGCCGCAGCAGCAGUCCCGGCUUUGCUCUCUGCACACCGCCUCUCUGUGUCCCUCCGGUUUCCAGGGCAGGACGGCCUGGAGCGCGCACCAGCCCUGUCUGCACUUGCAAGCCGCCGGCGCCGCGUACAGCCCAGCCCCGCUGUGCCAGGGGAGCGUCGCCCCCGACAGGUGGAGCGCGGGGCCCUCCUCGGCGGGCGGCAGCCCCCAGCAGACGGGCGCCCAGGAGCAGAGUCCGGCGGGCGGGGAGCUCCGCGCCUCCCCGAGCCUGGACCACGCGCCUGCCCACUGCCCGGUGGUGCAGGAAGGUCGUCUGCAGUUUCUCAGGUGCGUUGCCCCGCAGUCGGACAUGACGCCGACGCCGCUGCAGUCCAUCUCGGCCACCCUCUCCUCCCCCGUCUGCUCCUCCUCAGAGACGUCGCUGCACCUGGUUCUCCCCAGCCGAUCGGAGGAGGGCAGCUUGGGCCAGGGCGCUGCGAGUUCCUUCAGUCUGGAAACUCUGCCGGGGUCUUGGGAGCGGGAAGGACGGGCAUCCGUCUCCACCGAAGCCCUGGAGAACUUUCCCCUGGAAAUGGUCGCAAGCACAGCAGAAGUGAAAGAUGACAGAGCCGUGCGCGUAUGA